CGUGUCUUGGCGUAAAGCAGUUUUGCUGUUGCUGCUGGAUCUAACAACAUAAAUGCAUUAGUCGGUCAAAAUAAUCUUCGUGGCCGCAGAAAUGGACUUACCGGCUUCUUAUUACGGGGAACUUGAUCAAAGAAACCCAGUACUUUCCGCUUUUAGGCGAGACAUUAACUCGUUUAUAACGCUGAUGAAACAAGAGGCUUCAUCCACCAACCAGCACAACAGCACCUACGCUAAAGGGAUUAAAAUCCUGGUGGAGAUAUGGAAAAAGUUCAAACAUCGACUGCCUUUGAAGAUAUACCAGGAGCACAUGUUGCAGAUUGCUGAUUUUCUCUUUGGAAUAAAGCUGUACCAGCUCGCUCUAUGGCACGGCUACAGUCUCCACCUGUCACAGUACAGCUCAGUGAUCAUAACUGACAUCACAGAUGUGGACCACUUCAUGGCCUGCUUCUUCCCUGAAGGUCUUGAUACAGACCAAAACAUAUUUGCCAUGAAGGUCCGUGCCAUGCAGGGCUGUGCCCUGUGUAUUUUUGAGCUGGAGAGACAGCAUAGGUUCCUCAGCCAGAAGGGGCUCUGUAAACUGCUGCGUGUGCUGAACUUCAUGAGGACCAUGAUGCAGGCAUUUCAGCAACAUGAGCACCUCUACCAGCAAAUAUAUAAUGGUUCGUUACACAUUUACAACAUCUGCCGUUAUCUGAUGGCUGUGAAGUGCAGUGCACAGGCACUGGAGUAUCUCCUGUGGGCAAGCAUCAGUUUAGAGUUAUCCAUCACUCUGAUGACAGCUAAGUAUCUGCCAAUGAUUGUCACACUCUACUGUGCUGUGUGCCAGUGUUACUAUGACAGCCAGGCUGAAGUGAAGGCGGAGGAAUUUGCCAGGAGAGCCCUCGGAAAAAUCAGUGAAUUAGCAAAACUGGGGGAGCACGGUGAAGUUUCUGCCACCAGAGAGACUCAGAGAGCUUACAAAGAUGCCUCUAUCAAGCUUGGUGCCAUGAUUUUCAAGCGAGCUGCGUUUGAGACCCGGAAGAGACCCAAAACCUUGUCCAGAAGCAAAGUCAAAAGCACCAUGAAGGACAUACCUAAUGUGCCAUGGCCUCGUACCCCAACAGAGCGCACGCUAAUAGGCCUGUUUGAGUGCAGCCCAGCACAGUUCCUGGGCAUUUUAGAAGCACUCUGGGACAGCAAUGCACGCCCACUGCAGAUGAGGAUGCCAGAAGAUCCGGAGCUGCAAGAGGUUUACCUGGAACUCCUGUCUGCUGGAAUUAGUUUAUUAUCUGGAGUCACAGGUGAGCCGAGGUGUGAUGACCACCCGUGCCUGUCCCCUCUUGUAUUGACAUCGGCAUCGACUCUAGUGGAUUUAGCCAUUUCAGGAGAAAACAAAAUACCCAUCGCAUCUGCAGUGAAGUUCAUCAAGCUGCUGUUUCAGUACAAGCAGCUAGAUGCAUUCACUGAACUUGCCACAGAGAUGCUGCAGGUUUUGUCGGGUGUAGAUGGUCAGUCAUUCAGGAGGGCAGAGCAGGAGCUUGCUUUGCUUCACAGUUUCAACAUUUUGCUGUCUACCCAGAGGAGCCCUCCUAAAGAGGACAUCAUAAGCAAAGACAGACAUAAGGCUUCAUUUUCUAUGAGUGAUAACCUCACUGAUCUGGUACACACCCUUCACAAGUCCGUCUGCGAUUCUCCUCCUGAGGUGCAGCCAGAUAAAGACAUGGUUUUGGAUAUUGUGCUGUUUCUGUGGGGUAAGAUGAAGCCAGUAAUACAAAGAGAUCCUCUGCAAAACCCACAGUUGACACAUUACCAACAGAAGGCAGAUAAUCAUGACAAGUGGCUGUGGUGUCUCUAUGUGCUGUGUGAGGUUGCCUUCGCUUGUGACCUGGCAGAUGUUGACUGUAUCAUGAUGGCAGAGAUGAGCCACACCCUGAGCAUACUGUUGGAGAAUGCAGCUGAAUGUUUUCUUCAAACUCCAACGUCAGCUUGUGAAAGAGACCAUGAUGAUGUGAAGCUAAAGGCUUUCUCUCUUCUAGAGAGUUCAAGUACAGAGCUGCUUCAGAAAGUGUGUAAGGUGGUGAAGAGGGGGCUCGAAUCUUUGGCAAGGGGUGCAGCUACACUGCUUCCCCAAGACUGCUCAGCUUUCACUGACUUUGCCUUCAUGCAGAAAUUUAUUCCCUUCCAGCCAUCGGCUUUUUCCACAACUUCUAAAGCAUCAUCAAAAGACACAAAUGCAGAUGACAAAAUAAAUAUGAAGAAAGGAGAAGUGGAAACUCACACAGGAACUGAUUUUAAAGGCUGUCGACAAACUGAAGCCACACGUAUGUAUCUUCUGACCAAAGACCUCCAUCUAGAGCUGGACAUCAUCCUCCAUAGGGCUUCCCUCAAGUUGCUGCAGCUGAAUGCAGUUGUAGAGUCUGAACUGUUGGAACGGAUCAAGAAAAACAAGGUGUCCAAAGCUCUGUUUCUGGUCCAGAAGGCUUUGCUGGUGUACAACAACACGGACCAAACUGACAUCAGCAAAGCCAAAAGUCUGCUGGAGGAUGCUACCACCCUCAUAGAAAAAGCAGGUAUGGAGGAAAGAAAGGUGUAUAUGUCCUCCACUCCUAAGACUCCAUCUGAAGAUAAAUGCAAAGGAAUCAAGGAGGAAGGACAAAACCCUCCACCUCCCCCUAUCCUACUGUCACGCAAUGACCACUCCAUGAGCUUUGCCCCAGCACCUUAUAACUUGGAAGGACAAGUAUGCUGGUACCAGCUUUGCGGUCGAGUAGCUGAGGGCAUUAACAGGAAAGUCCGCCUUGGAGACUGCAGCCUACCAGGAACUGGGAAUAUGGUACCAGCUGUAUCCAGUGAGUGCGUGCUGAGGGUGGAGGGUCUGGAGCCCAACCAGAAGUAUGUGUUUGCUGUUGCAGCCUACAACAGUCAGGGAAAGCUACUAGGCAAUACUAUAGGGGGGACAACAUUACCAGUGCUGGCAUCCAUGCCUGUACCGCUGCUCUCCGCAUGGGCUCACUUGGCUAAGGUGGCGUUUCAAACAGAGCAGUAUGCCAUCGCAAAGAGAGCCUGUGGGGAACUUUGGAGCCACUGUACCUACCCUAACUGUGAGUCCAGCAGUAAAGAGGAUAGACUGGCCAUCACAGGGCUGCACAAGGAUAUCCUGCAGUACUCCUCUCCUCACCUGUGUCAGCUGCUCCUCACGUCCAUCUUCAUAGAGACAGAGAUCAACAUUCAGGAGGGAUCACUCUAUUGUGACUCAUUCAGUGCCAAUGGACCAUUUAUCUGGGAACAGGAAGCCAGACUGGCAGAAUGCGAGCGAAUGCUGGUGGCCAUGGACUUGGCGAUGUGUUUGAAUGAUGCUGCUGCUGCUUUGCAAGCUGCUGUUAGCUGCUAUGGCCUCUUGGCACCUAUGAUGUUCCAUCAGAUUACUUGUGACUCUGUGGUACAAGUACUAAAAAAAUGCUUGAUGGUUUUGGAGGAGAAUUCUGGCCUUCUCAAACAAAAAUGGACUGAAAACACCCCAGAGUCAUUCAUGCACAUGAUAGCCUGCAUAACCUACUACCUGGCAAAGGCAUUACGUGUGCUCAGGAAACAUGAGAUGGCCGCUGCAGUGAUGGACUGUGGUUGCAGGCUGCUUCAGGAAGUCUAUCAGGCCCAGCUGCAGAUUAGAAAACUUACUAACCAAUCUGAGGGUCGUAAGAUGGCAGCCACAGCCAAGACUCAGAUGAAGACGAGUCUUCAGUUGAAGGCACUGGAAAUGAAGAACAAGAAAAGAACUGCAUCUGAAGCCCUUCACACCCCAGACCCUGAUAUUUCUGCAGAGACUUCUCAGCCACUAAUAGGCUCAGAGGAUCCUAACUUAUUGUAUGACCUGAUCUCCAGCAGCACACUAAAGGAUGCCUACAUGGAGGUGAUGAAACUCAGACGCAAGGUGUAUUUUACUGAGUUUGCUGCACUGCUACUUCAAAGAACCAUGGAAGAAGGCCACCUAGACCUUGUGUUGGAAUGGGGGAAAAGCCUGUUUCAGAUUCUUUCCAGGCGUGAUGAGGUGAUGGUACUGUCCACAAAAUGUUUGGAGGAACACAGUCAGAUUAAACAAGGAGGCGUUAUUCAGAAUGAAACAGCCCAGAGCAAGAAUGCUUCUUCACAUGAUGAUACAAGAAAGAAACUAAAGCAGAAAUUGCCACAGAACAUGCUUUUGAAAAGGAGGACACGCAGGGAAGUUCUGGCUGUGGAGAACUUGCUCGCUCUGAUUUCGUCUGUGGUGCAGCGCCAAAAGAAGAGGCUGCAGCUGAGGCACAUUUGCUCUGAAGAGAGAGUGUGGAGAGCACAGCUGAACUAUUGCAUGGCUCAGGCACAUUUAGCAAAGUUUUAUCAGUGUCUGGACCGGCAGCACAGAGGAGCCUUGGAGCAGAGGUACAGCCAGUUUCAUCCUUUGUGUUUCUCUCUGGCCUACUCUGGUGUCCUGCUAUGGAGGAAGAACUCGCAGCAACAGCAGUUGCAGUCUUCAAAGAAUGAAGCUGUCUUACACAUGGCCUCCUCUGGUUGCAGUGAUCGUGUGAUGACUGCUGACAAAGAUGGAGAAAAAAAUGAGGCAGUUGAUGGCUCUGUCACAGAGGACACAUGUAAGGAGGGAGAGGGCUCCUCUCACACUAUGGAACAGCAGAUGGAGGCACAGAUGUGCACAUCUGCCACACUGCUGGAUUCACUUAAUAAAGCUGCUAUACAUCUCCAGAGAGCCAUGGUGUUGGCCCAUCGUGGCAACCACUGGACCACUCUGCAGUGUGUGUGUCAGUCAAUGUGGGACCAAGGCUGCAGAAUCACUGCCCUUGUACAGAGAGCUGCUCAACUUGAAACUCCAUCUCUGAUCACAUCAGACCAGCUACACACUAUCCUCACCCCACUGCUGGUACUGGCUACUGACCUCAUCAUGGACAUGCUGAACAAACUAGGGCUGUGGGGUUUGUAUGACAGUGACUUGACUGAAGAUGCGCUAGAAUCCAGUCUCCACUUCUCAGCCUCACUGGAUGACAGCACCCAGGUGGAUCUGCGUUGGGUUCGCACUUUGGUGUUAUACACUCUAGAGCGGCUCCAUGACAGUGGCAAGUGGGAAAGCCUCGCCCACUUUGCCUUACUUUUCAACUCAUACACACGCGAUCGUUAUACCUUCACUGUAACUCCUCUGCUAGUCCACGCCCAGAGGAAGUUGCUUGAAAGAAUUGACUCUUUUGGAGGGCCUGCAGUCCCACAGCCACACCAUAUCAACACACAGAAGGCCACUGGAAAAGAGGUGACUAAUAAAAGUUACGCAGGCUGCCAGCUUCUCAGUGGUCGGACCCAUAAUGCUGUAUUGAAACGGCACAUUCACAAAAAUGCAGCACCAACAAACUUGACUCCUCAAGAAGCAGCUGAUCUUAAAGUUGCAGAGAUACAGCACUCCAUGUCCCUUGUUCGUGUUCCGCUGGAUGUGGAGGACACACUGAGCUGUUACCGUCAAGCACUCGAGAAAAAACCAUAUUGUCUUCACAUCUUCCAGCACAGUCGCUCACUACUGGAGCUCCUUCUGGCAAACACGCAGCCCUGCUCUAUGAUACAGAUGCCGCACUGUCUGAGCCGAGGUCUCAGCCAUUCAGCGAGCCUUGUGAAUUUCAGUCCUGUUGUUAUGCUUACUCCGAACAUCCAACCAUGUGACCUGACGCAGGAGGACUACAGUACUCCAAACGCUAUCUAUGGCUUACCUAUCAGCCGUGACCACUUGCCAACUGUCACUGCUGCAUACUCCACUUGCAUAAAGUACCUCCAAGCUAAUGGUCAUAACUCUCUCAGAGUUCUGGCUCUGCAUGAACUGGGAAACCUGCAGUUUUACAGUGGAAACACACGGGCAGCACACUCAUGCUGGAGUAAAGCGGUAGAUUGUGCCUUACAGAGCUCAGGUGCUUUGGAGAAAUGGGAUGGCUUGUCCUUUGGGGGUGGCUCAGUGCAGCAAACUCUAAGACAGACUGGAAUUUGGGGAUGUCUACAGGCGGCUGUGGUCACUGCUAAGAUAGCACAGUAUAGCUUAACUUCUGAUAUCAGCCGGCGAACAAAGUACUGCCUCCUAUCUGCUCACCUCUUUAAGAGUUUGCUGUAUUGCUCCAUGGCUCAUCCCCAGGCAGACCUGCAGUAUGCCUCCUAUAGCAUCGGAGAUCAGCUGUUCCCUGGAGUUGACCUUUUCUCCGAACCCCACAGGCUUCACCUCGGCACCACUGUGACAAGCUUGAACUUCAUUUGCCACUGGCUUUUCACCACUGGCUACUGCAUCACGCUGCUGCCCACGCUCGCCCUUUACCUACAUUUUGUGGGGACUGUGUGCAGAGACGUACAGCGCACUGUCGAAGGCAAAAUACUUAAGAUACGUGUCCUUACUGAACUGUGUCUGUUCACUGAAGCUGUGAAGGAGGCCGUUCAGCUCACACGUGGAACAGGUGUCCUUCUGCCUCAUGGACAAUCCAUUGCCAGCACAUGUGUCCAACCUACAAAGACAUUCUGUAGCAACAAGUCUCUUCUGGACAAUGCAGAGGCUUUGGAGGAACUAGUGAACUGUGACUUUACUCCAGAGGUUUGCACCCUGUAUGGAGCAGCACUGUGUGUCAGAUUCAACCUUGCUCGUGUCCAACUAGUCGUGGCACUCACUAAUGCUGCCUCGAGCUUUCCUGUGUCAGAUUCUCUUGAGGGAGAAGUUUGUGGCAGGAUAACGAGUCGUUUGGUGGAUCCAAAAGAUGAUGAGCAGGAUAGUCUGGACACCGAGGACUGCUGUCCAAUGACAGAGGAGCGAAAAGUUCUCACUCUUAAUGCUAAGACACAGAAGCUCACUCCAGAAAGGAUUAAAUUCCUUUUGCUGGAAGGUGCAUCUUCUUUGUUGAACACUGUUUCGCAGCAGCUUGAAUCUCAUUCCUUGUGCAAAAUGGAGACCCUGGAAAUGACAAUAGAAUUCAAUCUUCUGAAGGGCAAUGUCUACAUGCAGCAAGGACAUACUGCACUUUGCUUUGAGAUGGCAGUUUCAUCUUUGAAGCUGCUGCAAACGUCACCUGCGAUUGUGAGAGGAUCCCAGACUAAUGCUAAAGAUUUUAGUGAGUCAGACCCCCAGAAUGGAGACUCUCCCAGAGUAGUGGAGGCCAGUGAGAGAGCUGGAGUUUAUCUGUGGCUGCGUUGCCGCUUGGCUCUGGUCCAUAGCCUGGUUGCCCACAACCCUGGCACCACUGAGCUUCUACCAGGUAAAAACAUUAAUGAGGAGGCAGCCCGGGUGCUACAGGAGGGUCUCGAUGAAUGUGCGCUGUGGGGAGACCUUGAUAUUCAAGCCCUACUGAUGGUUGAAGGUGCCAGACUGGAAGCCCGGAGAGGCAAGACUGACAACAGCAUAGCAAUGUUGCAGAAAGCAGUGAGCCUGCUGUCAGGACGGACCUGCACGCCACCAAAGUCAGUCAUAACGCUGGCUCAGGCCACUUUGCUGCUCAGUGACUUAAGAGGAGUACAGAGUGUCACACCUCUGCAGCUGAUGCAGAAACUACUGAGAAAGCAGCUGUGCGAUUUUGGUCAGAGUGUGCAGUUAGUUGAUGGAAAAAUGUGUUUCCCUCCUCCUGGACCGAGCAACAUCUACCUUCUGCACCUCAACAUACUAAACCAGACCACUUUGCAAAUUGGCAACAUCCUGGGUCAUGGUAAAAUGGGAACAUCAGUUUCUGACAUCCAGCCAUCACAGUCUACUUCCAGGCAGAGUGUGCACCAGACUGAAAAAGACUCUCAAGCAGUUUCAUCACCGAACAAUCCAACCACCUCCAGUCCUAAAUGAUUUAAAUGCGCCUUAUGCACAUAUGUAAAGACAUGGGUGGCUACUGAAGUAUUUCAUUUUCUCGGAGAGCAAGAGUCCUGCGGGAAAUCUUGUGUAGCAACACAUUAUGUUAUCAACUUAGUACAUAAGAAGCAAAAUGCUGCGUAUAGUUUAAAGGCCAUUUAUAAUAUACUAGAGCAAUCAAAUGCAGACAACUGCACCUGGGAACAGUGAAUACAGUUUGAAAGGCAGGACAAUGUUAGUGCAAAGAAUUCAGAUGUUCUGGAUGAUUUAAGUCACUUUAAGUUAAUAUUGUCUGGAAUCAAAUAAAAUGGUAUGC